UACCAUUAGCCACCAACCACUACAUUGGCAAUCCCCUGUAAAGACAACUCUCUCCUUUAACCAACAUCUCAUUAAUUAGCCCAAGAAACUAUUGUGUUUUCUCUUUAUUCUCCACAUUUCUUAUUGAAGAACUUGCAGGGUCGUCAUGGACGACGACAACGUGAGUGCUCCGCCUCUAGUAGAUAUUUGGGCGAAUAGAGGCAAAAAGAUUGUAACUGAUGGCUCCUUCGAUUUGCCAGAUCUGGAUUUCGCAGGUGUUUCAACAAUAUGCUUGGAUACUGAUGAUGAACGCAGUUCGAUAAUUUACUCGUUCGAAACAUUUUUGGAGAACCCCUUCACCUUCUCCCUCCCCACCGUUGUAUUGCAGAUCAUCCUUAUCACCCUCAUGUCUCGUGUCAUCUACUACAUCUUUCGUCCUAUCAAGCAGCCCCGCAUCAUUUGUGAUAUUUUAGUAAGAAUAAGUGAUUGUAUCUUAUGCGUUUUUUAUAUGUUAUCAUCUUAUAGCCAUUAAAAAUUUUGAUUUAUAUUUUUUUUUUUCUAUGGAAAAAAUUUAGUUUUCUUCAUCCCCUUUUGCUAAUAACGGAGGCAUCCAUUUUCAGGCCGGAAUCCUCCUAAGCCCCCGCCUCAUCGGCCGCCUAUACCCAAAGUACGUGUACAUUAUUUACCCCCAAAAAGAAAUGGCCAUCAACCGAACCCUAGCCGCCUUCGGCCUCAUGUUCUACCUCUUCCUGAUCGGCGUCAAAAUGGAUCCAAAAAUCGUCCUAAAGUCCGGCAAAAAGGCCCUCUUUAUUGGAUUAGUCAGCUCAAUCAUCCCUUUCAUUCUAGUCGGGACUGCCACUUACUUCCUCCGCACGUUCAUCGGCGCCAGCAUUGCCCGCGGCAAAUUUCUCAUAUUUCUUGUCGCCACCCUAACCAUCACCGCCUUCCCCGUCGUCUCUGACAUCCUCACCGAACUCAAUCUCCUCAACUCCGAGCUCGGUCGCCUCGCGAUGUCGGUCUCGAUGGUCCACGGCAUCUUGGGGUGGUUCUUCAUGGCGCUGUUCACGAUGUUGAACCAAAGCCAGGGCGGGCUGCGCAAAGCUGCCUGGGCGUUGGGGUCUAUACUGCUUAUGGUGUGCGUUAUCGUGUUCGGUUUCCGGCCGUGGAUGCUUUGGAUCGCACGGCGGACGCCGAAGGGCGGGAGAGUGAGCAGCCUGCUGCUGCAUGCGAUCGUGGUUAGCGUGAUCGUGAUGGGCCUGGUGAGCGAGAUGAUGGGGGCGUCAUUUGCAUACGGGCCGUUGAUAAUGGGGUUAAUGGUGCCGGAUGGUCCGCCUUUGGGGACUGAUUUGGUGGAGAUGAUUGGGAAUAUGGUGAAUGAGGUGUUAAUGCCGCUGGUGUUUACAGUGGCGGGAGCGGCCGUGACGCCGUUGGUGGUGCUGCAUUUGAGGGGUUGGAUUGUGCUGAUUAUGCUGGCUUUGAUAGCCUAUGGUUCAAAGUUGCUGGCGACUAUGGGGCCGGCGAUCUACUGCGGGAUUUCCUUUCGGAAGGGAUUCAUAUUGGGGCUUAUGAUGAAUUUUCAGGGCGUGAUAGAGUUGAUUACUUACAUGAAUUUCGAGAAUGGAUCACUGCUGGACGACGAGAGCUACACCUUGCUGGUAUUCACCAUCAUCAUCAUCACCUCCGUCGCUACUCCGCUCGUAAAGCAUCUGUACAGCCCCCUCGGCCAUGAUCUCAUCGGCAGAAGAGACAUUCAACACCUCAGACCCGACGCAGAGAUGCGCGUCUUAGCUUGCCUGCUCAACGAGGACCACAUCCCCAGCAUAUUAGGGCUCCUCGAAGCCGCCUGCCCGACCCAAGAGACUCCAAUGUGCGUCUACGUUCUCCACCUCGUAGAGCUGACGGGUCGAGCUAACUCCGCUCUCAUAGCCCACAAGAACAAGAAGGGGUUCAUCAAUCCCAGCAACAUGGACCGCCUCCACAACGCCUUCAUCCACUAUGAGCAGGAUAAGCAGGGGAUCGUCGCCGUCCAGCCCUUCACGGCCAUCGCGCCUUUCAAGGCCAUGCAUCAGGACAUCUGCUCGCUCGCCGGUGAUAAAAGCGUCGCUAUCAUUAUCCUCCCUUUGCCUGGCAAGGAUGCCUCCGGUGGCUUCAGCGAACAGGACCAGGCCUUCCGAACCAACAUCCCCCAUAUCCUUUCAAAGGCGCCAUGCUCGGUGGGGCUUCUGGUGCACAUGGGCCUGACCGUUACAGUGCUUUCUACGCCGGCCAACUUCCAGCAUCACAUCGGACUACUCUUCUGGGGCGGACCGGAUGACCGCGAGUCUCUUUCCUAUGCGGCGCGCAUGGUGCGACACACCGGCGUAACUCUAACGAUCACCAGGUUCCUCUCAUCCAGCUCCACGAUGUCGAAUGGAAAAGAGGCGGAAAUGGACAACGAUGUAAUCGAGGCUUUUCGGAAGGAGAACUCCGACAAUCUACGCGCCUCUAUGAACGAGGUCUUUGUGAACGACAUGGAGCAGACAAUCUCGGCUAUCCGCAACUUCAGCCGCGUCGGCUACGACCUCAUCAUGGUUGGGCGCCGGCUUUCAUGGAAUUCGAUACUUAAUGAUGAGCUGGAGGAGUGGAGCGAGUUCCCGGAGCUGGGGGUUGUCGGCGACAUGAUUGCAUCGUCGGAUUUUGAGUCGGAGUUUUUGAUUCUCGUCGUGCAGCAGGGGCCGUGAUUCCGUGAAUGCUUUUUGGAUUGGCAGUGCAAUACAGUGCAGUGAGACUCCCGCUCCCGUAGUUGAGAUCUCUUCACAAUUGGCCUUUCCUUUUGACUAUUGUAGUAGACGGUAGAUGUGAAUAUGGUGAUAGUUCUGCUGUAAAUAUUAUGUUUUUUUUUUUUUUCUUUUUUAUAACCUAA